AUGAAGAUAGUGGGCCUAUGCUUCGCUAGUCCCAUUCCCCCAGUUUCUUCCCAGGCCGCAGGACUGAAGGUUGGGCUCUGGUAUCCACCAAGAAUUCUACCGGACUCCCCUCCACCUUUAGAGUUACCCGAGGUUUGGGGAGGGGGUCUGAACCCCGACAUCCCUACUCAUCCCCUGUGGCUCCCGCCAUCAGAUUGGCCAGAGAUAACCAUUACCAACUUCUGCCUUGGAAAGCACCUUGUGAGUGAGGGGGACCUGCUAAAGGACCAGAGGGGGAGACCAGCCUACAUUAGCCCUGAUGUGCUCAGUGACCGGCCAUACAGGGGCAAGCCAAGUGACAUAUGGGCUCUGGGUGUGGUACUCUUCACCAUGCUCUAUGGCCAGUUCCCCUUCUACGACAGCAUCCCACAGGAGCUCUUCUGUAAGAUCAAGGCUGCUGAGUACACCAUCCCUAAGGAUGGGUGGGUCUCCAAGAACACCUUGUGUCUCAUCUGGAAGCUACUGGUUCUCGAUCCUCAGCAACACCUGGCUGCUGCUGAUGUCCUGGAGGCCCUCAGUGCCAUCAUUGCCUCGUGGCAGUCCCUGUCAUCUCCAAGUGGGCCUUUGCAAGUGGUUCCUGACAUUGACGACCAAAUGAGCAAUGCAGACAACUCCCAGGAGGCAAAAGUGACGGAGGAGUGUUCCCAGUACGAGUUUGAGAACUACAUGUGGCAGCAGCUGCUGCUGGCCGAGGAGAAGAGCUCCAUCCACAAGGCCUGGAGCUGGGUGCCCAAGCGGCAGUUCGAAAGCAUGCCACUGGUGCAAUGGUUGGGCCACGAUGCGCAGCCCAUGACCUCCUUGGACACAGCCAUCCUGGCACAGCACUACCUGCAGAAAUAGCGGCUGCAGCCAGGGCACCUGCCCCAGCCCCAGGCCCAGCAGAGAGGGCUGGGCCCCACAAGCGAUAGACUCUCCCAGGCUGCCAUGGGGCAGGGCAGGGCAGGGCAGGGACAGCCUAGGUCACUCAAGUCAGCAGAGGUACCACAAAGCUAUCUUUUGGGAUGAUUGCUUGAUUGUUUGGUUUUUUAAUCUGAGAAGCCUAGAUAACUAAUCU